GGCCCUGGUUCACCGGCCACCGGGGCCAGGGCUGGGGGCGGGGGGUACCCACAGGACCUGGCGAGUGGGGUUUUGGGGGGCCGUGGGUGCACGGAGCGUGGUUCGUGCCGGCCUGCCGCCGGGCUAGCACUCAGACAGCCCAGGCCGCAGGGAGGCCACCAGCUGGUGGCCCGGCCGCGUGGCCGCGGCGGCGGAGCCAUGGUCUCCAAGCUGAGCCAGCUGCAGACGGAGCUGCUGGCGGCCCUGCUGGAGUCGGGCCUCAGCAAGGAGGCGCUGAUCCAGGCCCUGGGGGAGCCGGGGCCCUACCUGCUGGCUGGAGACGGCUCCCUGGACAAGGGGGAGGCCUGCGGCGGCCGAGGGGAGCUGGCCGAGCUGCCCAACGGGCUGGGGGAGGCGAGAGGCUCUGAGGAUGAGACGGACGACGACGGGGAAGACUUCACGCCGCCCAUCCUCAAGGAGCUGGAGAACCUCAGCCCCGAGGAGGCGGCCCACCAGAAGGCCGUGGUGGAGAGAGACCUCUGCAGGAGGACCCGUGGCGCGUGGCGAAGAUGGUCAAGUCCUACCUGCAGCAGCACAACAUCCCGCAGCGGGAGGUGGUCGACACCACCGGCCUCAACCAGUCGCACCUGUCCCAGCACCUCAACAAGGGCACCCCCAUGAAGACGCAGAAGCGAGCCGCCCUGUACACCUGGUACGUCCGCAAGCAGCGAGAGGUGGCCCAGCAGUUCACCCACGCUGGGCAGGGGGGGCUGAUUGAGGAGCCCACCGGAGAUGAGCUGCCAACCAAGAAGGGACGGAGGAACCGUUUCAAAUGGGGCCCAGCAUCCCAGCAGAUCCUGUUCCAGGCCUACGAGAGGCAGAAGAACCCCAGCAAGGAGGAGCGAGAGGCACUGGUGGAAGAGUGCAACAGGGCCGAGUGCAUCCAGAGGGGGGUGUCCCCAUCACAGGCACAGGGGCUGGGCUCCAACCUCGUCACAGAGGUGCGUGUCUACAACUGGUUUGCCAAUCGGCGCAAAGAAGAAGCCUUUCGGCACAAGCUGGCCAUGGACACAUACAGCGGGCCGCCAUCGGGGCCAGGCCCGGGCCCGGCACUGCCCGCCCACAGCUCCCCUGGCCUGCCCCCAUCUGCCCUCUCCCCCAGCAAGGUCCACGGUGUGCGCUACGGACAACCUGCAACCAGUGAGGGGGCGGAAGUGCCCUCGAGCAGCGGCAGUUCCUUGGUCACAGUGUCCACACCCUUGCACCAAGUGUCCCCCACAGGCCUGGAGCCCAGUCACAGCCUGCUGAGCACUGAAGCCAAGCUGGUCUCCGCAGCUGGGGGGCCUCUGCCCCCGGUCAGCACCCUGACAGCACUGCACAGCUUGGAGCAGACCUCCCCAGGCCUCAGCCAGCAGCCCCAGAACCUCAUCAUGGCCUCGCUUCCCGGGGUCAUGACCAUCGGGCCUGGGGAGCCUGCCUCGCUGGGCUCUACGUUCACCAACACAGGCGCCUCCACUCUGGUCAUUGGUUUGGCCUCCACACAGGCACAGAGUGUGCCCGUCAUCAACAGCAUGGGCAGCAGCCUGGCCACCCUGCAGCCUGUGCAGUUCUCCCAGCCGCUGCACCCUUCCUACCAGCAGCCACUCAUGUCCCCUGUGCAGAGCCACAUGGCCCAGAACCCCUUCAUGGCCACCAUGGCCCAGCUGCAGAGCCCCCACGCCCUUUACAGCCACAAGCCUGAGGUGGCUCAGUACACCCACACGGGCCUGCAGACCAUGCUCAUCACCGACACCACCAACCUGAGCGCCCUGGCCAGCCUCACACCCACCAAGCAGGUCUUCAUCUCAGACACCGAGGCCUCCAGCGAGUCUGGGCUUCACACGCCAGCAUCUCAGGCCACCACCAUUCACAUCCCCAGCCAGGACCCUGCUGGCAUCCAGCACCUGCAGCCUUCCCACAGGCUCAGCGCCAGCCCCCCAGUGUCCUCCAGCAGCCUGGUGUUGUACCAGAGCUCCGAAUCCACCAAUGGCCACAGCCACCUGCUGCCAUCCAACCACAGCGUCAUCGAGACCUUCAUCUCCACACAGAUGGCCUCUUCUUCCCAGUAACCAUGGCAACCACCUCCCAGGGGCUGGCACCUGAAGCCUGCCCAGCGAUUUGGGGGGUGACCAGGGCAUCUGAGCC